GGUUAUGGUAGUGGUCUCUUCUCCCAUUCUUUCAGUUUUUCGCGUGCCGCCUGCCUGCCUGCCUCGUCAAAUCAAAACCCUAAAUCCACAUAUCUAUGCAACUUCGUUAAUUCCAUUCCCUUUUCUUUCUUUCUUUCUUGAGCAUAUGAUUAUAGUUAGACCACCAAGUACCAUGGACCUUCAUCUUUCUUUGAUCUUUCUUUUUGACCCCUACUUGUCAUAUCAGAAUCAUUGUGUUGUGGAGUUUGUUGUUCUUCAAUAUUAAGAAUUGGUUGUAAUUGACAUACGAAAAUGUGAAAAUAUGUAUGUGUUUACAUUUAAAAAUUAAUUUUGUACCACAUUGAUUAAUAUUAAACACCCGAGUUUUCCUCGUCAAAAAAUAUUAUGGGUCUGGGUAUAAAUCAUGACUGUCGAUAUACAUAUAAUUAUAAUAUCAACCGACAUGUAGAUAUUCAUGUAUGUGUAGAACCAUUACAAAUGAUAACAAAUGCAUGUCAUGGGUAGCUUAGUAUUGUGUUUUAACUUUAAAGUAGUAUUCUCGUAUAUAUGAUCCAUUGAUUUUUCGAUUGUAAUUGACAACAGACUCAGUGAUUUCGAAACUCAUAGAGAUAAUUGGAGACUUCAAGUUAGGUUGAAAUUAACCUACGUGAGCUUCAGUAAUAGUGGAUUUUUUGGGUUCAUUUCAAGGGUAUGACAGUCAUUUACUUGGAGAGAAUGAACAAGACCUAAAAAAGGAUUCUCCAAAUGGCAUGAGACUGAGAGCCUGGAAACUACAAGGGAAAGAAAAGAAAGAAAAAUGGAAGCCAACACCACCACAACCUAACAUAAAGUUCCUUCAUACACAUAACUCGAGAAAACAAACUUAAACUUAAAAGUAAUACCACCCCUCCCGAUUCCCGGCCGCCGUCGACUUCGACACACAACUCCCCGCCGGUUCAGUAAGUACAAAUAUGCGCCUUUUGGUCUCCUCCUCUACUUCAUCUCGAUUUUCAGAAUAAUCAAGAGCUACCUCUCUUUGAUCAUGGAGUUGAAGAAUUCCCAAGCUGCUCAACGAACCCACCAUUAAUAUGUGGGAUUCUCUCAAUAAUGCUCUCUCUCCCUGCCUGUCUCUCACUAGUGCUUCCACUUAAUUACAAUUUAAUUCCCUGAUUUCCCUUCCAUAUUCCUUCCCCCACAGUCAUUAAUUACACACAUAUUAAUAAACUACUCCACCUGAAAAAACCAAAUCCCACUGGAUUUUUGUUUGCCAUCCAUUAGUAACACUCCUCCUCUGCUCUUCCCCUGCUCUCCAGAUUGCAGCAGCGUUCAAGCAGAAUCAGAUUCUCCCCUUCCCCUAUAAGCCCAAACCCACCUCAGGAAUUCCAUUUCCAGUAUUGGGUCAAGCUCCAAACUCGUUCCCAUCGUAAAGUUCUCACCUUUUUUUUCGAUCGCCAUGGAAGGGGAGACGAAACAGGGGAGUCAAGAUCGGAGUCAACAACAACCGCAGCCGCCGGCGCAGAAGUGUCCCCGCUGCGAAUCGGUGAACACCAAGUUCUGCUACUACAACAACUACAGCCUCUCCCAGCCUCGCUACUUCUGCAAGGCGUGCAGAAGGUACUGGACGCAAGGCGGGACCCUGCGCAACGUCCCCGUCGGCGGCGGCUGCCGGAAAGGGAAAAGGGCGAAAACCAGCUCAUCCGCGUCGUCGUCGUCCUCGUCGGCGUCCCAAUCGCCGACCACUACGUCAUCGGCCGGUCAUCAGUUUCUGGGUUCUUCCAAUUUAUCGCUUCCUUCCCAGUACAUGAUUAGCCCUCCCCUGCCUCCGGCUGCGGGAUUGGGAUCGUACUAUCCGGGAGGAGCAGCCGGGUUUCUGAACCCGAUCCAGUCGCUCAACCCGAAUCUGGCUGGGCCGGCCCAGGCGCUAUUGGGCUCGGCGUCGUCGGGAUCGAAUUUGGGCCUGAUGCAGGGGUUCGGCGGGGGUGCUUUUGCCGCGGGGGCGAACCAGUUUUUCGGGGGCGGGAAUAAUCCACGUCAGGAGGAGAAUUUGAUGAUGGGGUUUCCGAAUUCGGUGAGUCAGCAUCAGAUGCCGAGCUGGCAGCGGGCGGGGGAGGAGGAGUAUGACGUAAGCGCGGGGGGUUCAGUUCCCGAUACGGCGUUGUGGAGCAUAAGUACGAGUACCACCGUGGAUGCGGCGGGUAAGGGCGGGGAAAAGGCGGCUGGUGGCGGGGCUGGAGGAGGGUCCGGCGGGAGUGUUUCUCUGAAUCGGCAGCAGGAUCUUGAUCGGCGGUGGAAUCAUGGUGGUGGUGGUGGUGGCGGGCAGCUUCCGGGAUAUGGGCCUUCGUGAAAAAAGUAGGGUUUAUUCUUUCUGCUUCUUUUUUUCUUUUGUUUUUUAUUUAUUGGUUUUUGGUUCAGCUUUUUAUUGCACCUUUUUUUACCUAGUCAAAAGAAAGGAGUGGUUGUUCUUGGGGUAUAGAGCGGGAUAUAUGUGGAGAUAAUAUUAAUUUGUGUAGAAAUGUGGAAUGAUUGGGUAAAAUUUUUGGGGAUGAAUAUGAUUUAAUUUGUGCCUUGGGAGUUUAGUUAAUUAUUGAUCAUGAAUUAUCUAUAUGUAUAUGAUUUUCGUAGUGAAAUUUUUGCGAUUGUGGUUUGACAUUAGCUAUAGAUAGAUAAUGUUUUUGAUAAGUUUACUUGUAAAAUUUAUUGCAGUUGCAAUUCAUCAUGAUGGUUAAUCUCCUAAGUAUUAGGAUCAAAUCGAGGCGUCGUAGUUGUUUGAUUUGCUUAAGCUUCAUUUGUGAAUUGAAAGUUAAGCAAUGUGUUAUGAAUUCUCGUUUUUUUUUUUCUUCAAUAUUUUGUGUUUCGUUUUGGAAUGAGCAAACAAAGAGUUGUAUCAUCGCAUAUGGUGGAAUAGGUAAAGGAUGCAUGACGCAAAAAUUUAGAGCUAGUGGAGGGAUGAUGUGCUUUCCAUGGCCAAAAGGUUAUUCUUGUGCAUAUGGGUGACUUGAUCAUUUACAUGCCACAUAAAAUAUAAGAAAGGAGAAUGCAGUUGGGUCAGUGAGUGGUAGAGAUCACCAAUUACCAAUUCAAGCACUUCAAGUGAUCAUUUUGAUAGCAUUUAUGUUUAUUUAAUUUGUUCAUUCACAUUCACAUACUUUUUGCAAUAAAGUAGUCAAGUGAACUGAUGAUAGAAGUUAAGAAAGGAUCUUUUGUGAAAUCUUGAAUGCAUGGUUCUUAAUUAGGAUAAUUUGAAGUCAAGUCAGUCAAGCCAGCUAACUUUUUUAAAAAAUUUGUUUUUUUUGUUGUUGGCAAAUUUGAGAUUGAGAAGUUGUUACAAGAAUGAAAUCUUGAACAACUUUUAAGUGGUAACAUAAACAUUAACUUGUCGUGUGUUUGUUGAGUAGCGUGUUUGUUAAGUACCGAAUAUGAAAUACUGACAACUGUCAAUGACUGACAAAUAAUCAUAAUUUUGCAUGUCAUAUCACCUCUCAACUGAACGGUGUGUAUGUGAAUAUAUGCACCUCUAAAUGUUCAAUUCAUCACUUAAUUAUCCACGUAAAAAUUAAAGAAAAUUCGCUGAAAACAAAUCUAUAAAACCAUUAUUUAUCA